AAUAGUAGCAUAUAUUUCUGGGUAUGUGGUCAAAUAUUUACAUUCCAAGAUUAAAUGUGAGAGCUGUCUCAAAGAAUUAUAUGCUGAUAACUACGACGAUAGUGACCUUGAUUUGAUAAAAACUAAAAAUAAGGGUGGUCUUACUUUCCCAUCUAGAGAUGUCAUAAAAAUAUGUAUACGGACCGAAGGCAGUAUUCGUUGUGUUAAAUCGCAAUCUUUGAAUACUCCUAACUUUCGUAAACAUAAAAUUGUAUCGAAUACAUUAAAAUCACUUAUUGGACAAGAUUGUUUCAAAAAAUCGGCCAACCAUAUGUUUGACCAAUCACCUACACUUAAUCAUGUUGUAUUUCUGAUGAAAUCGAUUGCAGAAAAAUAUAUUGAUAUUCGUUUUAAGCAUUUUGCCACAAUACAAAACGAUAGGGCAACCAACCGACAACAACUAACCAAAACUAUUAUUUACAGGGUAAGGAAGGAUAUUAUACAUUUAGAUUAAUCGCGAUCAUUAGAAGAUAAUAGAGUCAUAAUGCUGGUCGGCAAUGGAAUACGAAGCAUUAUUCCAGAAUGGAUGUAGAACCAGCUUUGAUUUCUGAGAAUGAGUCAAAUAUUGAAAUCUCCGAACCAGAACUUAAUUUAACACAUGACCCUCGAGUACAAUGGCUGAAAGAGAAAAUUCUUGCCUAUGUUGGCAUGGAUGAUGAUGAGCUAUUUUACAAUAUGCUGGUAACUCCGGAGGCCAAAGAGAAAAUAACAACCUUCCUUGCAGUACCGUUAAAACCAAAUGAGCUGUCGCUUGAUAAAAAGACUUUCUAUAUAACAAAGAUAAUUGUUGACAAACUUAUUCAUGAAGACAAAGAGUUUACAGAAUGGAGAAUAGUUCCUCCCCCUCCACCACCUCCCCCAAAAGAUAAGAAAAAAAAGAAGAAAAAGGGAGGGGGGCCAGAUCCUGAACCGGAAGAAGACCUGUCCAAAAAGUCAGCCAAAAGUAUGAAAAGUAUGAAAAGCAUGAAGAGUAUGAAAAGCAUGAAGAGUGUAAAAGACAUGGACAUGGAAGAAGAAGACAUUGAAACGGCAGCGGCAGACGUACAAGACGAUGAUGUUGAUGUAAAAAGCACCUACCAACUGGAACAUGUGGAGGAAGAAGAGAAACCUUCAUUACCUGAUGAAAAAUACUAUUUCCCGCCUCCUCCUGAAGAUUUAGAUCCGGACGUUGAUGGGACAUUGGAGUAUUACACAGUAAUUAGAUCUAUUCCGCGUAUUAUUAAGUAUCCGAAAUUGAUACCUGUUUUCGGCGCAUUCACACCCCAAGUCACUCAUCGCAACCGUCGCUACAUAUACUUCAUGAGGCAAACCCCAGACGCAAUCCCUUUAGCCGACAACGACGAGGUGACGAAGUUUCUCAUGCCCAAGUACAUACUUGCCGGAUCCACAACCGGAAAAGUCCUUAUGAGUCUGGGAUUACGAUUGAAAGAGGCUUUUAUUCCAUUAUUCCGUAAUCAAUUCCGUGAGGUGAUGCUGUCGGGCGACGAUAGCAAUAAUUCUUCAGAGGUGUCUCGACAAGUUUCUUUCGCCGGCAAACAUCAUACGAUGGAUAAGACUGCUUCUCAGGUUAAUUAUCUCAGACCAUCCGACUACCGUAGGAUGUCAAACAUAGCUAGAGGUGAAAAUGCAGAAAAAAGAAUUAAAAAUAUGCGUUCAGAAUCGAUCGCCGAGAUGAAAUCUUUCAAAGACAUAAAGUCGACAUCAAAAAUCACAUCGGAUAUCUUUGAAAUUGUCGAAUCUGCAACGGAUAAACAGAAUAGUACUGGCGAAGAAGUUGUUACUGAUAUCAACGAAUUGGUCUCUAUCGUAGAUUGGACUAUAGAGCACAUCGAAGGAGAGAUACAUCUACCAAUGCCAAAUAUUCCGGCUCUAAUGGAAGAGCCCGCGGCCGGAGCGCACGUUGAGUUCGAUGAUCCGGUGUUAAACGCACAGCUGGAAGAAGCUGUAAGAAUGUGGGAGACCCAUAUCGACAACACCAUCAGUGCUUGCCUCAACAAGAUCCACGAAGGCGAAGGCCCAGUAGCGGAAUAUAACUACUGGCGAGUUAGAGACGCGGAAAUAUCUCUUCUCGUGGAACAGCUCAAACAACCCAUGGUCGUCAAAAUACUGUACACCCUCCAGAAAGUUAACUCCCCUAUCAUAGAGGAAUUUCGAUUUUAUAAAGAAAGAUUGAUGGAGCAGUACAAUUUGGCAGGAGAUAAUUUAAAAUUCCUUUCUACUCUAAUGCGCUUCUUUACGGUGAUAGAAGACGACUCUCCUCUCCAGCAAGUAAUUGAAGUACUCCCCGAGUUAGUGGAAAGCAUUUAUAUGAUGUGGGUAUUGUCAAAAGGGUAUCGAACUGAUGACACUAUGGUCCCCCUGCUAUCGAGGAUAUCCUGGGCUCUGUGCGAUAAAUUAGAGCGGUUCCUUAAUGUACACAAGUUGUUCGAUAAAUCCAACGAAGAAAUCUUGUCUUUGUCCCGCGCCGGUCAAAAGAUAAUGGAAAUGUGGCACGAUCUUUACAAGGAGACUCGUCGUAACAUUGAGAUAAGCGGGAAAGGUGCUCGUUGGGAGUUUGACCAACCUCUACUCUUCACCCGUACCGACUAUAUAGGGACUGUUGCUAAAGAUCUGAGCGACGUCAUCAAAGUACUGAUCGACUUCGAGCGUAUAUUCGGAAUGGAACUAAAAUCCAUCAUCAGCGACCCAACUCAAAUCGAUGACGUACGCAAGCGAGUUAAAAAUCUAGUCUAUCCCAUUCGCACUAUAGACUUCAGUGUGUUCGUAUUCGACAAUAAGGAGAAUUGGGAUGUCAUCAUGGGCGACUUUUGGAAUGAAGUGCGCUAUUUAGAGGAAGAGGCUAAGAACUACAUAAACCAGAGCUUCGGCAAUUUAAGGUCUGCAGAGGAAGCGUUGGCGGUACUCCUAAAGUUUCUUGAAUUCGAUACUCGCGAUUCUAUUCGAAGGCAACUGUCCACUAAGUUUGACCUCAUCAUGCGUCAAUUCAUCAAGGAGAUCACUGCUAUUGAAGACAAAUUUACUCGAUAUCGCAAAAACCCGCCUCUGCUAAGGAAUCAUCCGCCCGUUGCUGGUGCCAUAUAUUGGGCGCGUGCGUUAUUCAACAAGAUGAAACAACCCAUAAUGAAAUUCCAAAAGGUGCCCGAACUAAAUGAAUGUGAGCAGAAAAGAGAAGCAUUUUUACAAUACAAAGCCUUUUCGAAGCUCAUCAAAGAGUACGAAGAUACCAAGUAUAAGAGUUGGGUGGACAGCGCUUCCGAGUUCGUAGACAAUAUGAUGAAGAGGAACAUACUCAAAGUAGUUUUUAAGAAAGAGGAUGUGGCGGCACCUACCGCCGGUCGCGGAAUGCAAUUGACUGCGGCGGGUCGAGCGCAUGUGGCCCGAAGGAAGGCCUCUAUGGUGUCUCUACAACCCGCUGACGUAGUCCAGAAGGAGAUUGCCGCGAAACGACGCCGGGACAAAGCUAUAAUGCUUAUGAGAAUACCUGGACAACACUAUGAGAAUGUCAGAUCACCGAGCUCCGUAUCUCUUCUUGCAAAAGAGGGACUGACUGACGUUACUUGGCGAGACUUAACAGUUCACAAACUUAUGCAGGAGUACGACUUAGAAUUUCAACCAAAUUUUAAUAAAGAAAUCUUCCAGUUGAUACAUGAGGCAGAACUUAUGGAACAGCUAGGUUUCGCACUCCCCUCGAAUAUUCGCGACGUGGCGAUGCAAAAGAGUCGCCUCUACUACGAGCUGGAAGCGCUCAGUACAGUGAUAGCUAAAUACAACGCCAGCGCGGCGUCGCUGAGCCUUUCUGAAACGCAUUUGAUGAAGAAACAUCUUCUGGAUAUGGAGCGUCAUAUAUUGCCCGGAUUGACCAGGGUCACUUGGACAGCGCUUGGUAUCAACGACUACAUUAAAGAUAUCACCAAAGGUGAAAACUCCCUAAGGGCAGUAUAUCAGCAAUUGAAGAUGGUGGAGAAGGAGAUCCAGUUCCUAAUAGACCAAGUAGAGAUGUUUGACUUGUUCCCAAUAUUGAAGCCUCAGGGCUACAUCGAUCCCAGCACUAAGGAACCCGACGAUACUUGGCUCUAUCCAUGCAAGACUUACUUCGUGGAAGUGGAAAAUGAGCGUCUAAAGCGCAUAGCCACCAUGUCGCGCAUCUACGAACGCAUCGGGCCCAUACUGAUGAAGCUGGAGUAUUUGAUUCUGGGCACUAGUACAGGUCGCUCCAAUGUCAUGACCUCGUACUACUCUUACUGGGAGACGAAGAUAUUCAGGUGUCUCGUUAGAUUUACUCUGGAGAAUCUAGAGCAGUUCCAGCAGUUGCUUAGCGAGAAGAAGCCGAUGUUCCAAGUGGACGCAAUGCUAGUCCCUCCCGACAUCACCAUGCGGCCCACUUCGCCUGAAGUGUGCAACAUAGUCAGCUACAACAUCAAGCAUUUCCUCAACAGACUGACUUCUUUCCCUCGGUGGAUGAAGAAAACUUGCUUACCGUGUCCGCCACAACGUAUCGAAGACACGACAGGCAACGAAUUCUAUGUAUUCUCCUAUUUCGAAGAUAUUCUACGCGUCGUAGCCAUCAAUGACAUCACACUACUCAUCCAAGAUACUAUAUACAGGCUCACGCAAGAUAUUAAUACUUAUAUACAAAAAUGGCAAAAGUACCAACACUUGUGGGCGUUCGAUAAGCAGCUAUCCUGCGAAAAGUACAUUCAAAAACACGAGCAAAUCUACAAAUACGACGAAAAGUUCUUCUUCUUUGAAGACAUUAUCCAUGACUUAGAUGCUCAUGUCAAAUUCGUGGACGUCGGCGCUAUCAGAGUUAACCUUAGGCCCAUUAUAAGACAAGUACAAGGGCAUGCGCAAGAAUGGAAGAACAUAUUGGGAAAUUGUAUCGCGUCUAAAACUAGGAUGAAUAUGUACGACUUGAAGAAUCAAAUCGAGUCACUCCGUAUGACCAUGAACAUGAACAUAAAGGGCUUGGAGGAUUUCAAGCUGGUCAUGGCGACCAUAACCCAGGUCCAGGCGAUGACCAUUACUGCCGAGGUGAAAUACCGUGGCAUGCAGGAGAUCUUCCAUAUGCUGAGACAACAUGGUAUCGACGUAUCCGACGAAGACCUAGAAUUUGCCAAAAACUUGGAAACCUCGUGGGGUAGUCUGUACCAAACGUCGCUGUUCCGUGGGAACACGCUUGAGCAGACCAAAGAAAAAUUCUCCAAGCUCAACGUGGUCGAGAUAUCUAAAUUCUUGCAAGAGCUCGACGAAUUCGUUGAGAAAUUCGAUAAUGAAGGACCAGCUACUGUCGGAGAAGAUAUGGACAGAGGAUUGCUGCUUAUGGAGGAGUAUAACAAAUAUAUUGACGAGCUUGAAUCGCGCAAGAAGAUACUGCAAGCUGCGGAACAGCUAUUCGAUAAUCCCCUCGCUGAUUUCUCGAACUUCAACCGCGCCAAAAGUGAUUUCUUAGCCAUGGAUCAAGUGUACAAGAUUUACAAGGCUCAGAAGAACGCGAGAGAACUGUGGGCUAAAACGCUCUGGGUCAAUUUGAACCCACAAGCCUUGGUAGAUGGUAUCGAGCAGUUCUUCAAAGAAUAUAGGAAACUCCCGAAAGUCGUCCGGUUAACAAGUACUGGCCUCAUGUUAGAUUUGAAGAUGAAACAGUUCAAAGGCGUAGUACCGCUCAUGUUUUCACUCAAGAACGAGGCGAUGCGUGAGCGCCAUUGGAAGGAGCUAAUGGCUAAGACUGGCCAGGACUUUGAUAUGUCACCAGAAAGAUUUACGCUUGAAAACAUGUUCGCCAUGGAGUUGCAUAAGUAUCAAGAUGUCGCUGAGGAAAUUGUUAACCAUGCUAUAAAGGAAUUAGCAAUAGAGAGAGGUGUGAAAGACGUGCAAGAGACUUGGGCUAACGUGUCGUUCACUGUGGCUCGACACUUCAACCGCGGUGAAGAUCGCGGCUACACACUCAACCCGUGCGACGAAGUGAUAGUCAAACUGGACGACGACGCUAUGUCGCUGCAAAGCAUGGCCGCUUCCCAAUUUAUAGGUCCGUUCCUAUCAGUGGUGCAUACAUGGGAGCGCCGAUUGUCAUUGAUCUCGGAAGUGAUAGAGGAGUGGAUGGCGACACAACGCAAGUGGCUGUAUUUGGAAGGCAUUUUCGUAGGCGGCGAUAUACGCGUCCAAUUACCUGAGGAGGCUAAGAAAUUCGACGAUAUCGAUAGAUCGUUCAGAAAGAUCAUGUUGGAUACUGCCAAAAGACUGAAUGUAGUCGACUGCUGUACAAUCAGUGGCCGAUUAGAAGAAUUUAUCAAUCUUGGUAUCGGACUUCAAAAAUGUCAAAAAUCGCUCAACGACUAUUUAGAUUCCAAACGACGCAUUUUUCCGAGAUUCUUCUUCAUAUCGACAGACGAACUGUUGUCCAUUCUCGGCAGCAGCGAAUGUAGUUGCGUUCAAGAGCAUAUGAUUAAGAUGUUCGACAAUAUAAGGUCUUUGGAUCUGUACGUGGAUCAUACCAACAGGCCUGUAGCAGCCAAAAUGAUUUCGGCCGAAGGAGAGAUAAUGGACUUUAGACACGUCGUCUAUACCGAGGGAAGAGUAGAGGACUGGAUGAAUCUAGUGCUGAAUGAAAUGCGUAACACGAACAAGUUCAUUACCAAGAAAGCUAUAUUCUAUUAUGGAAAAAACUGGAAAGUGCCCAGAACCGAGUGGAUAUUAGAAUACCAGGGCAUGGUUUGUCUAGCGGCCAACGGUGUGUGGUGGACGGCUGAAACUGAGGAAACAUUCAUACGGAUCAGGAAAGGAAACAAGCGUGCCAUGAAGGAACACUUGCAGCAACAGAACGAGCAGCUAGACGGGCUGGUUGUGAAAGUUAGACAAGAUUUGUCGUCAAACGACCGCCUCAAGUUCCGUACAAUAACGACAAUAGAUGUGCACGCGCGUGACAUCAUAGAGGGUUUCGUGCGCGACAACGUGACGGAGGCGGCGGAGUUUGAGUGGGAGAGCCAACUGCGAUUCUAUUGGUUGAAGAAGGACGAUAAUCUGUGGAUUAGGCAGUGCACAGGAGUAUUUGAAUACGGAUACGAAUACAUGGGCCUGAAUGGUCGCCUGGUGAUCACUCCCCUCACUGACAGGAUCUACCUUACCAUCACGCAAGCACUGACCAUGCAGUUAGGAGGGGCGCCUGCAGGUCCCGCGGGCACCGGUAAAACAGAAACCACCAAAGAUCUAGCAAAAGCAUUAGGAUUACUAUGUGUGGUGACCAACUGCGGAGAAGGGAUGGACUUUCGCGCCGUAGGGCAGAUUUUGGCGGGGCUUUGCCAGUGCGGUGCUUGGGGAUGCUUCGAUGAGUUCAAUCGGAUAGAUAUAUCCGUGCUCUCCGUUAUAUCCACGCAACUGCAGUGCAAUAGGAGCGCGUUGCUCAUGAAACUCAAGAGCCAAUUCCUUCUAAAACAGACUGGGAAAUAUAUUUUUGGUCAAGAGAUAGCCAUGGACAGCAAAGUGGGCAUUUUCAUAACCAUGAAUCCUGGGUACGCAGGCCGCACUGAGUUACCAGAGUCUGUGAAAGCGCUAUUUCGCCCUGUUGUGUGCAUUUUACCCGAUCUCGAGAUGAUAUGCCAAAUAUCACUUUUCUCAGAUGGAUUCCUCACUGCAAAGGUAUUGGCAAAAAAGAUGACAGUACUGUACAAAGUAGCUCGCGAACAAUUAUCUAAGCAGUCUCAUUACGACUGGGGACUGCGUGCGUUGACCGCCGUCCUGCGUAUGGCCGGCAAAUUAAGGAGAGAUUCUCCAGGGCUCAGCGAGAUCAUGGUGCUGAUGAGAGCUCUCAGAGAUAUGAACCACCCGAAGUUCGUUUUCGAGGACGUGCCACUAUUCCUCGGGCUUAUCAAGGAUCUGUUUCCGGGGCUGGAGUGCCCGCGCGUGGGUUAUCCGGAAUUCAACGCUACCGUCAUUGACGUACUGGAGAAAGAUGGCUACAUAGUGUUGCCACAUCAGGUUGACAAAGUCGUCCAACUGUACGAGACCAUGAUGACACGACAUUGCACAAUGCUAGUGGGUCCCACUGGCGGUGGUAAAACCGUCAUAUUGCAGACUAUAGUGAAAGCACAGACUAACCUUGGUCUACCCACCAAGCUCACUGUGCUCAAUCCGAAGGCUUGUUCUGUCAUCGAAUUAUAUGGCAUACUGGAUCCAGUUACUAGAGAUUGGACUGACGGCUUAUAUUCCAAGAUAUUUAGAGAGAUGAACAGACCUGCUGAUAAAGACGAACGCCGCUAUUCGCUAUUCGAUGGUGACGUAGACGCCCUCUGGAUAGAGAAUAUGAACUCUGUGAUGGACGACAACAGACUGUUGACUCUUGCGAACGGCGAACGAAUUCGCCUCGCGCCGUACUGCUCGCUCCUGUUCGAGGUUGGUGACCUCAACUACGCGUCGCCGGCGACGGUCUCCCGCGCCGGGAUGGUGUUUGUUGAUCCUAAAAACCUGGGAUACCAACCUUACUGGGAGAAAUGGCUUCGAGGGCGUAGUAAUGAAGAAGAGCGUGAGCAAUUAGCUGGGCUGUUUGAGCACUACGUGGCCGGAGCCAUCAACUACAUCGUGUUUGGAAUGUUCGGGUUGCAACAACAAACUCCACUCAAAACCAUCGUGCCGCAAACUCCACUCAACUUGGUGGUGCAACUGUGUUACAUGAUAAGUGGGUUAUUGCCAAACAACGAGAACAGCAAUGAAGAAGUCGACAAGACAGUCGUCGAGUGCGUUUUCAUGACUUCGAUGUACAACAGCCUCGGCGCCGCUAUAGUUGACGACGGCCGCUUUGACUUCGACAAUUACAUCAAGAAAGCUUGUCCGAUGAUGCUCGUUGAAGACACCCAAGAGAAGAAAGCUACUACAAAACACUUCCCGAUGGGCUUUCCGAGUUUGUACGAUUACUGUUUGGAACUGACGACGAAGACAUGGGAGGCUUGGGUGUGGCUAGUGCCGGAGUAUGAGCACGACCGCAAUAUGAAGUUCCCUUCAAUUCUGGUGCCGACUGUUGACACCCUCAGACUCACGUGGCUCAUCAAGAUUAUGGAGAGCGUGGAAAGGCCAGUGCUGCUAGUUGGAGACACGGGGACGUCAAAAACAGCAAUAAUUACAAAUUAUCUACGUGGAUUACCUGCCGAUAAAUAUAUAAUCCAACAAAUGAACUUCUCAUCGCGCACGUCAUCGAUGGAUGUGCAACGGAACCUGGAAUCUGUGGUGGAGAAACGCACCAAGGACACAUUCGGCCCGCCCGUCGGCAAACGCAUGCUCGUCUUCAUAGAUGAUAUGAACAUGCCCAUUGUCGAUACAUAUGGUACUCAACAACCAAUAGCCCUCCUGAAACUACUAUUUGAGCGCAAAGGCUUCUACGACAGAGGAAAGGAUCUCAAUUGGAAAAACUUGAAAGACAUCGGAUUCUUGGCUGCUAUGGGCAAGGCUGGUGGUGGUAGGAACGAUGUUGACCCUCGCUUCAUCUCAAUGUUCUCCGUGUACAAUCUACAGUUCCCUUCGGAGAAUACGCUGCGUCAUAUUUAUGUGUCAAUAUUGAGUGGUCACUUUUCAAUUUUCCCGGAAGAAAUUCAGGAAACUGUCGAUAAAAUCGUGCAGAUGACCCUGGACUUGUACAAGGUUAUAAUCGUUGAGUUACCACCGACUCCAGCUAAGUUCCACUACAUAUUUAACUUGAGGGAUCUGUCGCGUAUAGCGGCAGGCAUGUGUUUGAUGCACCCGAACUUCUUUAGCGAGAAGAAAACAGUAGUACGGUGUUGGAGGAACGAAUUCACACGCGUCAUAUGCGAUCGACUCAUCAAUGUGCAGGAUAACGAGUUGAUGCGUAACCAUGUCCAAGAGCACAUUGUCAAGUUCUUCCCAGAAGAAGAGCCGGUGGUGCUCGAAGAGAUCGUAGUUACUGAAGAAGACGUUAAGAUUGCUGACGAGGAAGUAGAAGAUGAAUAUGCUGAAAAAGAAGCUGUAGAACCUGAAGCCGUCACAGAAGCUGUGGCAGAAGAGGCAGAAGAAGAAGAGGUCGAGGCUGAAAAGGAACUAACGCUUGAAGAGUACGUCCUCCGAGAUCCCCUAUUGUUUGGAGAUUACAGAAAUGCUUUGGAUGAAGAAGAAAUUCGAUACUACGAAGAUUUGUUGGAUUACGAAGCAGUGUACUUUUUAUUCCAAGAGAUAUUGGACGAAUACAACGAGCGUAUAGGCAAAAUGUCCGUGGUACUGUUCGAGGAUUGUCUGGAACACUUGACUCGCACUCACCGCAUCCUGCGCAUGGACCGCGGCAACGCGAUGAUCAUCGGCGUCGGGGGCUCCGGCAAGAAAUCCAUAUGCCGACUGGCUUCUUUCGCCGCCGGUUGCGAAGUGUUUGAAAUAACAAUAACCCGCAACUACAACGAGAACACUUUCAAAGAUGACAUGAAACGACUUUACAAUCAACUGGGAGUGGAUGGCAAAAAAACUGUAUUCCUGUUUACCGCUUCGCAGAUUUUGGAAGAGGGUUUCUUGGAGUUCAUCAACAACAUACUGAUGAUCGGCAUGAUCCCUGCGCUAUUCGGUGAUGACGAAAAGGACGCCAUCAUCAACGCCGUACGCAACGAGAGCAACGAGGCUGGACACGGCGUGGCCAAAGACGCUGUGUGGAAUUACUUCUGCAACAAAUGUGCUGACAACCUUCAUGUUGUAUUAUCGAUGUCGCCAAGUGGAGAUAUACUAAGAAACAGGUGCCGAAGUUUCCCGGGCCUUGUGAACAAUACGACCAUAGAUUGGCAGUUUCCGUGGCCCAAGCAAGCAUUGUUAGCUGUAGCCAAUGUGUUCUUGGCUGAUGUUGAGAAGAUUCCCGAAGAAUUCCGGCCGAUCAUAGUGGAGCACGUAGUCCACGUGCACAUGUCCGUAGCGCGCUACUCGGCCGAGUUCCUUCUGCGACUGCGUCGCAACAACUACGUCACGCCCAAACAUUACAUGGACUUCCUCACCAACUACCUGCUCCUGUUGAAUGAAAAGGACGCUUUCAUCGUAGCACAGUGCGAGCGUCUCAAAGGUGGAUUAGCUAAAAUCGAAGAAGCGAACGUUCAAUUGGAGGAUCUGAACGCGAAGUUGGCGGUGCAGAAAGUAAUUGUUGCUGAACAGACCAAGGAGUGUGAGAUACUUCUCAAAGAAAUAACUACUGCGACGGGAGCGGCAGUGGCUAAGCAAAACGUCGCCGCUAUAAAGUCUGCAGAGAUCACCGAACAGAGUGCGGUCAUAGCGGUGGAGAAGGAAGAGGCGGAGGAAGCGCUUUCUGCCGCCCUGCCCGCGCUAGAAGCCGCUAGAUUAGCGCUCGCUGACUUGGACAAGAACGAUAUCACUGAGAUUAGGUCUUUUGCGACUCCACCUGAAGCAGUGCAGGUGGUUUGCGAAUGCGUUGUCAUAAUCCGCGGCAUCAAAGACGUCAGCUGGAAGGGGGCCAAGGGCAUGAUGGCGGACCCCAACUUCCUACGGAACCUUCAGGAGAUGAACUGCGACCUCAUCACCCAGGCGCAGGUGAAGGCAGUCAAAGCACACAUGAAGAAGAGCAAGAAGCUUGAAACUAUGCAGCAGAUCAGUAAAGCUGGUUACGGACUGCUGAAAUUUGUGAUUGCCGUUCUUGGCUACUGCGCUGUGUACAAGGAAGUCAAACCCAAGAAAGACAAAGUCGAAGCCCUUGAAGCAGAAUACACUGCAGCAGUCAACUAUCUAGCUUCUCUUAACCGCGAAAUUGAUCGACUCCAACGCACUCUAGACGGCCUCAACAACAGAUAUGAAACGGCCAUGUUAAGAAGGCAGGAACUGCAAGAAGAAACGGAUAUAAUGAUGCGACGUUUGAUCGCGGCGGAUAAACUCAUGUCGGGCUUAUCGAGCGAACAGAAACGUUGGACCGAAGACCUGGCAGCGUUGUAUAUCGAACAGUCGCGGCUUAUCGGCAACUGUUUGCUAUCAGCCUCGUUUCUUAGUUACUCUGGACCUUUUUCGUUCUCGUUUAGACAGACGAUGAUCUAUGAAGAUUGGUUGGGUGACGUCACAGAGAAAGGUAUCCCGUUGACGGAGCCGUUCACUAUUCAAAGAAACCUCACAAACGAAGUAGAAAUAAGUGGUUGGAAUUCGGAAGGUUUGCCCCCUGAUGAGCUAUCGGUACAAAACGGUAUUCUCACUACAAGAGCAUCAAGAUUCCCGCUGUGCAUAGACCCACAAACGCAGGCACUCUCUUGGAUCAAGAAGAAAGAAGCUAAAAAUAAUCUGAAGGUGUUGUCAUUCAAUGACCCGCAGUUCCUGCGACAGUUGGAAAUGGCUAUCAAGUACGGAAUGCCAGUGUUGUUCCAAGACGUCAACGAGUACAUUGAUCCCGUGGUUGACAACGUGCUGGAGAAAAAUAUAAAAGUUGAAAGCGGUCGCACAUUCGUGAUGCUAGGCAGCUCUGAAGUGGAUUACGAUCCGAACUUCCGAAUGUACCUCACCACUAAGCUGUCCAACCCGCAGUUUAACCCGGCCGCGUAUGCAAAAGCAGUAGUUAUUAAUUACACCGUCACCGUGCAGGGCUUAGAAGACCAACUGCUCAGCGUAGUUGUACGCGCAGAACGAUCCGACUUAGAGGAACAACGCGAGAGUCUUAUUAUAGAAACCAGCGCCAACAAGAGUUUGUUGUCAGGACUCGAAGACUCAUUGUUACGAGAACUUGCUACCUCUACGGGCAAUAUGCUGGAUAAUGUUGAACUCGUCGAUACGCUUGAGAACACCAAGUCUAAGGCCGCUGAGGUGAUGGAAAAACUGGCGUUAGCAGAAGCUACUACCAAAGAUAUUGAGAUCCUUCGCGAUGGUUACCGACCGGUAGCGAAACGUGGCUCCAUAUUAUUCUUCGUCCUCUCCGAUAUGGCAGGGGUCAACACCAUGUACCAAUACUCUUUGUCCUCGUACCUCGAUGUUUUCUCGUUUUCUCUUCGAAAGGCCAUGCCUAAUGUAAUACUUGCCAAACGCCUAAAGAAUAUCACGGAUAUGCUUACCAAGAACGUGUAUGAUUACGGGUGCACUGGUAUAUUCGAGCGGCAUAAGCUGCUGUUCUCCUUUCAAAUGGACAUAAAAUUAGAGCAGAGCGAAGGUCACGUCACACAGAUGCAGCUGGAUUUCUUCAUCAAAGGAAACGUAUCCUUGGAGAAGUCACCACGCGCCUGCUCAGCAUCCUGGAUACCUGGACAGAGUUGGCAAGACAUUAUGAAACUAAGCACAGACUUCGAGGCAUUCUCGAGCCUACCGGACGAUAUAACCAGGAGUAUUCAUGCGUGGCAAGAAUGGUUCGACAGUGAUACACCCGAAUCCAACGAGAUCCCUAAUAACUACCGGGACAAAGUGACCCCAUUUGAACUGCUGAUGUUACUACGUUGCUUCCGAGUGGACCGCAUAUACCGGGCACUCACUGACUACAUCACCGUCACUAUGGGCGAGGAAUACAUCACGCCCCCUGUCAUCAGUUUGGACAUGAUAGUGGAACAAACUACCCCAUUCACUCCGGUUGUGUUCAUACUGAGCCCCGGCUCGGACCCCACGGCCGAUCUCAUGAAGCUGGCCGACCGCUGCGGCUUUGGUGGCGGCAAGUUCAAGUAUCUCUCUCUAGGACAGGGGCAGGAAGGGGCAGCGCUAGCGUUGCUAGAAGGUGCGAUUUCGCACGGGCAAUGGCUGAUACUGCAAAACUGCCAUCUUCUCGUCUCAUUCCUACGUGAAUUGGAGAAGCAGCUGGAAAUGAUGGAGAAACCACACCCGGAGUACCGUCUGUGGCUCACCACAGAUCCUACACCAACAUUCCCUAUCGGCAUACUGCAGAGAUCUCUCAAAGUGGUAACAGAGCCCCCUAACGGUUUGAAGUUGAACCUUCGCAACACAUAUUUCAAAAUGCGCGCGCACGCAUUAGAAGAGUGCCCGCACGGGGCUUUCAGGAAACUGGUGUACGUGCUAGCUUUCUUCCACGCCGUCGUACAGGAGCGGCGCAAAUACGACAAGAUAGGCUGGAACAUCUCUUACGACUUCAGCGAGUCCGACUUCGUUGUAUCCAUGCAAAUACUGAACUGCUACCUGGAGAGAUGUCACGCCGUUAAGGGGCCCAUACCCUGGGCCACGUUAAAAUAUCUCUUCGGAGAGGUGAUGUAUGGAGGUCGUGUGAUAGACGACUUCGAUCGUCGGGUAGUGCGCACCUACAUGGAGGAAUACAUGGGGGAGUUCCUGUUCGACAAAUUCCAGCCGUUCCACUUCUACAGCGACGCCACAUUCGACUACGUUAUCCCGCCGGACGGAGAGAGGGAUCAGUACAUUGAAUUCAUAGAUACAUUACCACUCGCGAACACUCCCGAAGUGUUUGGCUUGCAUCCAAACGCAGAGAUCGGCUACUUCAGUCAAGCUGUACGCAUGAUGUGGGGUCAUCUCAUAGAACUACAACCUCAGACUAGUGACGCCGGCGGCGCGAUGAGUCGUGACGACUUCAUAGACUCGAUUGCCGUAGACGUGCUGAGCAAACUGCCUUCCUUAUACGAGAUCUGGCGCGUGCGCAAACAGUUCGAGAUGAACAUCACCCCCACUCUUGUGGUGCUGCUGCAGGAAUUAGAGAGAUUCAACCGCCUCAUAAGCAAGAUGCGCACCACACUCUCAUUGCUCCGCAAGGCGUUGGCUGGCGAGAUAGGCAUGGACGCGGUGUUAGACAAUGUGUCGUACAGUCUGUUCAACGGGCAGCUGCCGCAGGUGUGGCGUGCUCUCGCGCCGGCUACCUGCAAGGGGUUGGGCGGAUGGAUGGACCAUUUCAUCGCACGUACUAAACAGUAUACUGACUGGGCUACAAUGGAGGAGCCGGUGGUGAUCUGGCUGUCGGGGCUGCACAUCCCUGAGUCGUACCUAAUCGCGCACGUGCAGAUCGCGUGCCGGCUGUACACUUGGCCGCUGGACCGUUCCACGCAGUUUACACGCGUCACUAGGUGGACCUCGCCCGACGACAUCGAGGAACGACCCGUUACGGGAUGCUAUGUCCGAGGGCUGUACCUGGAAGGUGCACGUUGGGAUCUUGAAGAAGGAUGCCUUAGAAGAUCUCAUCCUAAGGUGUUGGUCACUGAAUUACCAAUAAUGUACAUCAUCCCUAUAGAGUUCCACAAAUUGAAACUGCAGAACACUUUACGUACACCAGUUUACACUACAUCAACAAGGCGAGAUGCCAUGGGGGUGGGCCUUGUGUUUGAAUCUGAUUUGUGGACUGCAGAGCAUUGCAGCCACUGGAUUCUUCAGGGAGUUUGCCUUAUUAUGAAUACAGACUAG